AUGUACAUUUUCUCGAAGGCGUCUUCCACUUUAAAUAUUGUUCUUCUCCUUCUGCAUCCAAUUCAUCCAGAUUCAACAACUAUGGGUAUGGCAGAUGCAAAAGAAAGAUAUGCUGUUGUGACAGGUGCAAACAAAGGGAUAGGAUUGGAGACUGUGAAAGGGUUGGCCUCAAAUGGAGUCAAGGUGGUGCUCACAGCCAGGGAUGUGAAGAGGGGCUAUCGAGCUGUUGAGGAAUUGGAGAAAGAGUUUGGCUUUUCUGGCCUUGUGGUGUUUCACCAGCUUGAUGUCACUGAUCCUGCUAGUAUUGCAUCUUUGGUUGAGUUUGUUAAGACCCAGUUUGGGAGACUUGAUAUAUUGGUGAACAAUGCAGGAAUCAAUGGGUUCAAUACAGAUGGCAUGGUGCCAUCAAAAAUUAACUGGAAGGAGCUACCUCAAACUUGUGAGAUGGCUAAAAAAUGCCUAAGAACAAACUACUAUGGUGCUAAGGAAACAACUGAGGCAUUUCUUCCCCUUCUUCAAUUAUCCAAUUUACCCAUGAUUGUUAAUGUUUCCUCUGAAGCAGGACUUCUGAAGUACAUAUCAAAUGGAUGGGCUAGGAGGGUGCUUGAUGACACUGAAAAUCUCACUGAAGAGCUAAUAGAUGAGGUGCUGGAGGAGUACAUGAAAGAUCUGAAAGAAGGUUCACUAGAAAACAAAGGGUGGCCAACCUACCUGUCUGCAUAUAUGGUCUCAAAAGCAGCAAUGAAUUCAUACACAAGGCUUCUGGCUUAUAGACACCUAAAAUUGUGCAUCAAUUGUGUCUGUCCUGGUUUUGUUAAAACAGACAUUAACAAAAACACUGGCAUCUUAUCUGUUGAAAAUGGUGCUGCUAGUGUUGUGAGAUUAGCACUCUUGCCAAAUGGUUCCCCUUCUGGCCACUUCUUUACUCGACAAGAAGUGUCAAGCUUUUGA